AUGGGACGAACAUUUCCCGUCACGACACCUAGAAUUCAACGAGAAACGGCAAAUUCCAUUCGAGGAGGGCCGUGUGUUAGGUCGAGGCGGCGUCGGCAUCGUACACCAAACCACUUCCACGGAGUUGGCUUAGCCUGGAAACGAACCUACACCAGAGUCAUCGGCGAGAGGCAGCUGAACGAGAUGAAAAUCCUACGCCAGAUGCGGCGCGAAAAGCAUCAGCAUAUUGUUGAGCUCGUGGGAUCGUACGUUCGUCGCGCAGGCAAGGCUGGAGGCAUCCACGAAUUGGGCUUGCUGAUUUGGCCCGUGGCCUACUGUGACCUCGGUACACUCCUUCUGGAACUGGAUAAAAUGAACAACCUACUGAGUAGACUUUUCGUCUCGCCCAACGACAGAGAAAGCAUAGAGAGUACUAAUUUCCUGGCGGGCCUAAUGAGAAAGAACCCGUCGCGGCCCCGAGGGGAGACAUGCCGAGACUCCCUUAAGCGAUUCAGUCGAGCUAUCGGCUGCAUUGCUCAUGCUCUCGAGUUCCUUCACGCCAAAGGGAUAAGACACCGAGACCUAAAGCCUGAUCAAAUUCUCAUCUCACGUGAUGGGCUUUGGGUGACUGACUUUGGGUGGUCUAAAGAUAUUUCCAAUCUGAGCACCAGUGUAUCCGCCAAUGGAGAAACCAUCAACAGGAAAUACAUCUCCCCCGAAAGAGCUCAAACGCAACCUACAGGCUGGUCUGAAGACAUCUUUGCCCUUGGAUGCACAUAUCUACAGAUGGCGUAUGUGCUUACCAAUUUGCCUCUACAGCAGCUAGAGGACCUUCGCACUUGCGCAGACCGCUCUUUCCAAGCAAAUCUGGAGAAUUUGGGCAAAUGGGUAGCUCCGUUGAGACUAAAAUCUAAGAGAUUCUUGGUUUUAGCGUUCUUGAUUGAGCAGACUCUCAUCAGCGAGCCGGAUCGCCGUCCUAAAGCGAGGGAAGUCGUCGCUAUCCUGGAGGCCUGCAACAACAUGUCCUUAUCUAGUUGGGAUUGUCAAAUUUUUGGCGAUUGUUGUAGCGACACCUCAAUGCCUACUACAUACUCCGGAGAUCUGCUGGAAGUUCUGGAGAGAACUGUAGGCGGCGACAAUAACCUAAACACGUAUGACGCGGCUUGGGAGAUACUGCACCGGCAAUAUAGACUCUCAUGUAGAGCAGUCGAAAAGCUCCAGGAUACCUUGUGCCGGAAUGAUCUAGAGAUUGGAGAUCUAGGCGUCAAGAUGCACGACCUCGAAGCAUCGACGCAAAAGCAGAUAGAGGAUUUGCAAGAACAAUUACGGGCUUCGAAGGCACAACAAGCUCAUACGAGCGAGAUGCACAAGAUUAAAAGGGACCAUGACGAUAAGACGAAAUCCAUGAUGGAGCAAUAUGACGCCCAGAUUGAAUCUUGGCGUGAAAGAAUUUUUGGGCCUCAACAGUCAGCAGCGGCGAGUCUUGACUGA